UGUGAAGAUUUCGUUUAUAAACAGUCAGUGCUUUUUAGUUUUCAGCAAAUUUUGAGGAAGAUUUAUUUAGAAAAGGAAAAUAAUAAUAUGGUGCAAGAAUUGUGUAGAGUAUGCGCCACGGCUGCCCAUGAAGACACGGCCAUAAAAUUAUUCGAACGCAAUCAAAAAGAAUUGUUACAACAAUUACGGCUAUUGACGGGUUCAAUGAUAAAAAACAGUAUUGGUUAUCCUAGGUUGGUUUGUUGGGCGUGCCAACAAAAACUGAUGGACGCUUACGCUUUUCGUCAGUGCUUUGUUAAGUCUCAAUUAUUUUUUAAAGAGAAAAUGAGAGAAAAGCUUAUCGCUAUGCAGGAAGCCAAAAAAUUUAAAGAAAAAACGAGGACACCUAAAGAUUCGGAAUUAUUUCCGAACACAGUUAAGGAAGAGGAAGGGAAUGACAAUAAUGAUCGUAAAAAGGAAGAUCACGAAGAAGUUUAUGAAUCAUCUGAAUUUGAAAAUGUGUUAAAAGAGGAAGAACAUCAAGGAUUGAGUAAAGACGAUAUUUUCGAAGCCGAGGAAGAAGAGUUUAUUAAUAUAGAUCAGAAAAUUGAAAGCAACUUUAGCGUAUACGAAUUCAAUAACGAAGAUGAGCCGGAUGGUAAUGUUGAAACCAUGAACAAUGCGAGCGUGGAAAAGAAAAGUCCAGAAAGAUUGCAAUUGGAAAAAAAGAAAACGUUUAAAGGUCGAAAGAAGCGCAAGAAUGCCCCAGAGGAGCCGAGACAAUAUAUAUGCGAUCAAUGCGGGAACCAUUUUAGUUGUCGGCAUCAUUUUGUAAUACAUCUGAGAAGACACACUGGUGACAAGCAGUAUGCUUGCGAAAUAUGUCCUGACAAGUUUUUCACCAACUCGGAAUUGACCCGACACAUGAGAAAACAUACCGGCGAAAGACCAUUCGCUUGUAAAUUUUGUUUAAGAAAGUUUACCGAUUACAGUACCCGGGUGAAACAUGAAAGAACUCAUACUAAUGAACGUCCUUUUCAAUGCAAUGGAUGCGGAAAAUCAUUUACCACGUCCUAUAUACUCAAAAAUCAUAUGCUGACGCAUACUGGGGAAAAAUUGUUUAGUUGUAACCUGUGCAACAGAUCUUUUAGCCGACGUACACAUCUAGUGGUGCAUUAUCGAUCUAUAUUGCACAAGCAAGCUGAAGAAAAACAAGCGGAAAACGCGAUUUUCUAA